AUGUUUGAGGAGAUUAUCGCAUUUCUUUUGUCGCUAUGUUCAGCGUUUACUAUAGACUUUCCUAGCGUUUCAGGAAGCGAAACAGGCACGCGAAGCAAUGGGCGCGAGAACAACGGUGACAAUGAAAAUUCACGUUUGGUGAAGUACAAUGGUUUGAACGAUAAUGCCAAUCUUUUGGGUUCACAACACAGUGACGUCUACUCCGCCACGGGAAACGAAGAAAAUACAUCUACCUUACGUGGAUCUCUGGUUAAAAGUUUGAAAACAAAUUUCUACAUAAUCGGAGCAAUAUUCUUGUCAGCCUCGACUGGAAUACUGUUUGUAUGGUUUGAUCUCCAAUCUUACGAUCUAUGUUUUGAGUGGAAAAAUCAUAGCAAUAAUACAAUACCAUUCUCCGUAAUGCGUGCGAAGCUUAUCGGAGAUGGCAUACAGACGAUUAUUUUGGAAAUGUGGUUGCCUGGGAGUUUGAUAUUAUUGUUUGGUUGGAACAUUUUUAGACGGUAUUACUCGUCUACGAUAGUUCUUUCACUUCUCACUGGCGUGACGGCGACAUUGUUCUUAGCAUUUCUGUUGUUGUACAAUGAAUAUGACCAGCAUCCCUAUAGUCGUGUACCCUGCAACCUGUUGUUUGUUGGUAAUCUUAUUGUUUGCUGCAUAAUCGUUGUGUGUAAAACACGACAGAGACUCCAACACCUUUUAUACACUAAUCGUCAAGUUUUUGCUGUUGUGUCCCUUGAAUUCCUGAGUAGUUUUACGCUUUCUAUGUAUUACAGAUACGUAGCAGUACCAUGGUUUAACUCUCUCCACAACGAGACGACCAAGUUCAUUAUAGCCAUUCUUACUCCCAUUCUUGCUGUGUUACCUGUAGCAAUUUGUCGCUACUUGGUGUUGCGUCAAAGCUCAGAAAUUAUAGAGCCUGGGCGAGGCUUUGUUUUGGUUUAUUUUAUGCGAGGUGGUAGUAUAAUUUUAUUUCGUAUCAUGCAAGCUGAUUUUGGCAGCCUUCCGCUGUUUAUCAGCUUGUCGUUGUUCUCAUCUUGUGUUAACGUAUUGAGAGUAUCAACGCAGCGGUUGCGCAACAAGUUUUGGGCAUUUAUUAUUAAUAAAUUACAGAAAACUUGCUGGCCAAGAUUACGUCGCCUGCCUCAAGAUACACCGAACUCAAGACGACUGAAAGCCGAUAUUGAAAUACAAAAUAUUCUUUUUGAGAACAACACCUUAAUCAUCAGUCAAGCAUACUUGAUUCUAUACACGAUGACAAGUUUCCAAGUAUCUGAGUGGAAUAUUUUGGAAGAAUCGAUUAAAAGACUCGCCAUUGGACUAUCCAUAGAGUUUGUUUUCAAUACAAUAUCUGUAUCUAUUUUUCUAUAUUGGUUCAACGUUCCCAUUGCGCAGGUUUGGGCACAAUGUUGGCGCAGACACGUUCUGGCUAAUUCAUUUAUCCUUGUUAUCAUUGUGUGUUACUUCACUCAGGCACUUGUUACUGUUUUUCAAGUUCGCCAUUUACAGGAAACUUCUGUGGUGUACAUUCUAAGAAACUGCUCCAUGCCUUUUUAAAAAAACGUUGGUGAUGAUUAUUGCCCUAUGAAUAAGAUAUGUUUUGUUCUAUUUCGCUAAAUUCAGUUUUUUAAUGGGCUUUCGUUUAGAAUGUAGAAAAUGUUAUUUUUUACUAUAUUAAUGAAUAUGAUAAUAAGCAGCUGUAAAUAUGUUCAAAA